AUGGCAUCGACUACACCCUUCCCCGUCCAGCUCCCCGGAGGCGAGAGGGUCCCUUUCCUCUUCACGGUGAAGCAACUCGUUGCUUCUGGAAAACCAGAGAGAUUCAGCGAUGAGUUUUUGGUUCCCAGCGGGAGAGGGGAUGAGGAAGAGCUGGCGAAGGAGAAUGUCAAGAACGCGGCGGCGUCGAAGGGGAAAAUUACAUUGAGUGUGACCAAGAGCAAGCCGGAGACAGGGGAGGUGAUUGGGGUUUUUGAGAGCGUUCAGCCGUCGGACAUCGAUUUGGGCGCCUCAAGGAUGUGA